AUGGCGAAAACGAAACCUACCGAUCGCAAGGCGAAGAAGAGCGCAAAGAGCGGCGCAGUAAAAGAAUCGAAGAAACCGAAGGCGUCACCAGAAGAACUUUUGAUUCAAGCCGCUACCUUCUUACAAACGUCACAACCCGAAGAAGCGCUGGUCGCCGCACGAAGAGCCCUCAACCUACUCCAGCCCGGCACAUCGAAACCCUCCGCUGCAGCACUACCUGCACUGAACCUUCUCGGCGAGAUCAACGUCGAACUGGGCGACCCAGACUCUGCGCGCGAAGCCUUCCAAGCAGCAAUUGUUAUCGACCCGGAAGGCGCGAACGAUGGCGCUGAGAAGUUCUUAUGGCUAGCACAAUUAAACGAGGAGGGAGGCGCCGAGAGUGUGCGGUGGUUCGAGAAGGGCAUUGAAGUGCUGAAGAGGGAGAUCAGUGAGCUGGAAGGCAAGCGGGUGAAGAAGGACGAAGUCGAGGAGCUGCUGGAGGAGAAGAGACAAAAGAUAGCGAACUCGCUCUGUGGUAUUGCUGAAGUCUACAUGACGGAUCUGUCCUGGGAAGAAGACGCCGAAGCGCGAUGCAACGCUGCCGUCACCGAAGCACUACUUUUCGCACCCGAAAACCCAGAACCACUACAAACGCUCGCAUCGAUACGCAUCUCGCAGCUCAAGCCCGACGAAGCAAAAUCCGCACUGACACGGAGUAUGGAUCUUUGGAAAGAUCUCGACCCAGACAAUCCCAAGGUCCCAGACUACUCAACUCGUAUCAGUCUUUCUCGCCUGCUCAUGGAAGCUGAGAUGGAAGACGAGGCUAUCGAAGUGUUGGAGCGGUUAGUGGGCGAGAACGACGGCAGUGUCGAUGCUUGGUAUCUGGGCGGUUGGUGCCUGCACUUGCUCGCGGGAAAGCAAAAGACCGAAGGAGAGGAAAAGGUUGCAACACCACUACUGCGUGCCAGUCGCGAUUGGCUGGAGAACUGCCUCAAGCUCUACAACAUGCUGGAGUGGGAGGACGAGCGGCUGAAGGAGCACGCCGAUGAGAUAUUGAAGGAGCUCAACGACGUACUCGGUCCCUCUACCGGCGAGGAAGAUGAGGACUGGGAAGACGCCGACGAAGAUAUGGAUGAUGAUGACGAUGACGACAAUGAGAAGAUGGACGGCACGUGA